AUUUUUAGUCAUUUUCCUCUAUUAUUUGGUAGUAACCUCAUUUCAUUUGGUAUUACCAUUUUAAAAAGUAUUACUAUUUCAUCAACCACAAUUAUUAUUGUAGAUUUAGUUCUUUGUUAAUUACCAAGAUUCAAUAUAAAAAAUGUCACAACAAGUGAUGCCAUUAAAUGAAAAGUUUUUGUUUCAGAAGGUUAAUCCGAACUUGAAGCUGUCAGUCGAAGUCGAGGAGGAGGUUCCUGUUGUGUUCAAGAGGCUAGGAUAUCCAUUUCAGAUUAGUAUGAGCGCUUUGUACGCUGCUGGAAGUCCUUAUACAUGGCCAGGACUGCUCGCGGCCCUGGUAUGGCUUAUCCAUCUUCUCUUACAUCAGGAGGCAACGGAGUCGGUGGUAACGUUUGAGACGCAGGUGCGAGAUCCUUUUUCGAAAACCUUAGCCAGUCAUAUCAAUGCUUCUUGGCGGGAGACGAUGAUGAGUGUGAACGCCUGGACUGCGCGUUUCGUCAACAGUUUAAGGAUUGUACUGUCGAGACUACGGAGAAACUGUUUACAGUGGCACAAGCAAGCUGCAGAGAAGAAACUGGAAGCGCGCAAAGGAGACCUUGUGGACAAAAAAGCUGAGAAGACUGUCAUCCAAGCUGACAUUGAGGAGUUGCACAAUCGUAUAGCCUCACAGGAAAUAAAUCCUGCAGAUAUUGACCGCAUGCAGAAAGAGAAAGAUUUUCUUGAUGCCAACACUCGGCCUGUUGUAUUGAAGGAUCAGCAGCUACGCAAGGCAGCAUGGGAUCAUGAGCUUGCAUCUACCAACAAAGAAAAAGAUCUGGAGAUCCUGUGUGGUGAAUACAACGAGCGCUGUCUAAGGUUCAAACCUAUCCUAGCGGACGGACAGCCACUUACAGGAAGUGAAUUGCAAAUUACUUUGCAAAUAGAGAGCACUGUACCAAAAGAAAUACUGGGAACCUCUGUAGCUAAUGGUUUGAAGCAGGCUAUCUUUGAAGUCAUGGAGAGUUGCAAACGGUACACCAAUCAAGAGAAGAAGCUAUUUCGUGUGAACAGGAAGUAUAUGCAUACAAAGCUGCUCGUCAAGAGAAGCUCGACCUGCUGUCUCGACUCGUCGCCACCAUCAAGAAAUCGGAGGCUCUUCACAAAGCGAGUAAAGAAAAGUGGGAUCUGGCUUGUGCGGUAGUGACUAAUGAGAGGGAGGAACUGGAGGCGAAAGUGGUUGCGAAAGAACUUGCUGCAAAGAGGACAGAUAAAGACGCCGAGAAACUUACCAAGCAGUGGGAACAACGGUACAAGGCAGAAGUCGAAAGCUCAUCUGAGCAGGUCGCAACAGCCAAAAAGCAAUGGAUCGAGGUGGUGGACUUCAUUCUGAGCGCAAAGGAGCAAAUCACCGGGCUUUUACAAGUUCUCAAGAGCAAGACUCAUGUCGAGGCUGGUAGAUUGAAGCGGGACCUGCCAGAAUUUACUGCAAUGAUAGCCUUGCAGGUAUGUGAUGCCCAGGCUACAUUGUCGGAUCAGCACACACAAACAUGUUACCUUAAAACCUCAAGGGGUCUAUAAUCACGGACCUAUACUGAAUCAAACUUGAUUGUAGACUCAAAUCAUGGUGUAUUGAGUAGCACUUGAAAGUCCUCCAUUCAU